UUCACUGACUCAGAUGAUGACGAUGGUGGCUACAAGAGGAGGCUAGCAGACCUGCAAUGAACAGAUGCUCAGGCUUCACUUCAAACUAAAACCAAGUUCACAGGACAGACCAGCGUUUUGAGCAUCAUGAUGGAGGGGUUGGCCAGUGACAUGCUGGACAGCUCGGUGGUGGCGCGCAUGCAGAAGAAGUUCUGGAAGACCAAGCAGGUGCUCAUCAAGGCCACGGGCAAGAAGGAGGACGAGUACGUGGUGGCCUCGGACGCAGACCUGGACGCCAAGCUGGAGUUCUUCCGCUCGGUCCAGUCCACCUGCACACAGCUCCUCAAGGUGAUCCAGCGCUACCAGCACCGCAUCUCCAGCCUGUCCCAGGAGGAGAACGAGCUGGGUCUGUUCCUGAGGUUCCAGGGGGAACACGACCACACCAGGGCGGGCAACAUGAUGAACGCCACCAGCCAGGCCCUGUGCACCUCCGCCAAGAAGAGGCUGGCCCUGGGCCCUCCCCUCCAGCGGCUGCAGCAGGAGGUGGAGACGUUCCGGCGGCGGGCCAUCGCCGACACCCUGCUGACGGUGGAGCGCAUGGAGCGCUCGCGCACCGAGUACCGCGGCGCCCUCCUCUGGAUGAAGGACGCCUCGCAGGAGCUCGACCCCGACACCUACAAGCAGCUGGAGAAGUUCCGGAAGAUCCAGUCCCAGGUGCGCGGCACUAAGGGCCAGUUUGACAAGCUGAAGAACGAUGUGUGUCAGAAGGUGGACAUGCUGGGGGCCAGCCGCUGCAACAUGCUGUCCCACUCCCUCUGCACCUACCAGACCACCCUGCUCCAGUUCUGGGAGAAGACGGCCCACACCAUGUCCUCCAUCCACCAGGACUUCCAGGGCCACGUCUCCUACCAGUUCACCACCCUCAAGGCUCUCAGGGACCCUCUGGAGCAGCUCACGGAGAAGGAGGAGAAGGAGGAGAGGGACAACGUGAGAAAGGAGAAGAAAAGGCCUCCGCAGGACCUCGAUGACGACCUGUUGUCCCUGGAUGCCAUCCUGGCCCCGGACAGCGUGUCAGACUACGCCCUGUGCGACCUCGGGGAGGCGCUCAGUGCGGCGGGCCGCUACGACGACGGCCCCGUUCCCUCGGCCGGCGACCUCUCCCUGACCCGCCCCUAUUACCAGGCCGGCCCCGGGGCCCGGGACCCCGCCCGCUCCCCACCGCCCUUCCAGGCCCCGGCCCAGGCUGAAGAUCUGACCGCUUCCUGGGAGUUUGGAGACUUCCACUCGGGCGACCCGCCACACGCGGCCGGUGAUCUGCUGGGGGGCGGCCCGUCCCUCCCAAUAUCCUCCUCGUUGCCGGGGCAACGGGAGGAGGAGGAGGAGGAUGCGAGGCAGCGGGGAGACAUGGACUUCCUGAAGGACCUGCUCAGCCCCGGGCCGGGGGGCGGGGCCGACGAGUUCAGCCGUGAGUGGCAGGACGCCUUCGGCUCCUUCGACUCCCCCAGCCUAAGCCACGCCCCCAACAUGAGCGUUGGCGGGGCCGCCGCCGCCACCCCCGGUUCGGCGGGCGGGGCCGCCCCCUUCGUGUCGGGGCCCGCCCAGAGCCCCCAGAGUCAAGGCUUCCUGCCCUCCCAGCUGCUGGACCACAGCCUGGGGUCGACAGGCUGGUCGACUCCGCCCAUGUUCCAAGCUCCGCCCCUUCAGCCCCCUCCUCUCUCUGGCCUGGAGCAGACUCCUCCACCCGCCCCCAGCUCAGCUCCCAGCGGCGGUUCUAAGGACAUGUCCGCCUGGUUCAACCUCUUCGCGGACCUGGACCCCCUCUCCAACCCGGACGCUAUCGGGCGGUCCGAGGACGAGCUACUCAAGGCCUGAGCCCAACUCUGUCUGUGUGUGUGUGUGCGUUUUCUUCCUUUGUGUAUUUUGGUUGUGGUUGGAAGUGGAAACAAAAUGGAACCGGCCCAGGAAAUACACAAGCAAAGUUAUAUAUUCAGUCUAUUUAUUCUCUAUUCAUGUAUUGUUUUCUCUGCCUGACUCUCUGUCUCUCUGUCUCUGUAUCUCUCUCUCUCUAUCUUUCUCUCUCUCUCUCUACCUCUCUCUCAAACACACCAACUUUAUGUAUGCAGACUGAUGUAUUUGCGUUGCACCUGUCGCAUAAUCCACCUGACACACACACACACAGCAGAGGGAUAGAAUGAAGGAUAAGCCUAACAUCUAAUUGGACGAAAGUUAUGGGACCCCACCCCCUACACACACGAGACUAUUGCCAAUGCAUACAGUGUGUGUGUGUGUGUGUGUGUGUGUGUGUGUGUGUGUGUGUGUGUGUGUGUGUGUGUGUGUGUGUGUGUGUGUGUGUGUGUGUGUGUGUGUGUGUGUGUGUGUGUGUGUGUCCGUGGGUAGGAUGGUUUUAAAGACCUGUUUGCCUUGGAGUUUAAUGUUUGAGUGUCAUGUUUAUAUUGCUUUAAUGUUUUAUUUUGCUGCUGCUGUGUGCCUCUGUAUGGUGUCCGUCUCUGUUACAUCUAAGGGACAUUAGGUGAUAAAGUGGAAACUUUAAUCUUUAUAUAUACUUUUAUUUUGCAAGGCGUCCUACUUUACAUUGGCAAUCGUGAUCAGCAAGGGUGAAAGGCAGAUUCUAGAUGAUACAGUACAUGUACCAUCAAUACCGUUGAAUGAAUGUCUCCACAUGUGUAUUGGAAUCAUCUAUAACAUUAUUUGUCAUCGGAAUACUGCUGUGAUCAAUAUUCAGUCCAAUGUUCUUUAUAGAUGCACAUCGUCUAAAAGGGUAUUUUCACAGAGACCUGAGUACUGAUGCUAGCCUCGUUUCUGGAUUGAGUAAAUGUGUCUUGCUGAUUUACGAACACAGUUCAGUAUACUUUUCUCUUAGUUGUUGAGCCACCUUUAUGGAUGUAUUGCACAGGUCUUCACAACAUUAAAUCAACUUUACCCAGAGCGUACCAAACUGUAAAUCAGACAGGUCAAACACUGUAUUAUGAUGACACUGUUACUUCAGUUUGAUAUUCCACGGCCUCAUCAGCGUUUAUUUAAUCCAUACAUUUAUAUUGCGACCAGAGUUUAACGAUAACGCACUCCUGUAUAGGAACUUAUUUAUCGCUAUAGCGGCAAGCGUCAACGAUACUCCCUAAACCAAUCAUCAGAGCUCUCCUCAACCCUAACUCCCUCUACUGGGGGACUAUGCAGUCAUGUGAACCAACUAACCUACCGAAUUGUCGAAACAAGAGUUUACGGUUUAUUUGUGUGUUGUCGACAACAAAUGCUUAACAAAUUCGAUUUAGAGGAAGUCUAUAUCUUUACGAUCAUCGCUUUAUAAAAAAACUAUGUUGAUUCUUUAAAGGGAGUGAACCCCUUUAAGGUCUUAUCGUAAAUUAAAAUCUAUAUCAGUGUAAUUUUACCAAUGAUGUGCAUUUUAUGGGUUUGAAAAUAAUUUGAUCCGUCACUUACUGUCUGAGUCCUAUUGGGUUAAACAGAAUUUCAGUUACAAUUCCCCCUGUAUUUAGUCCCCUAUAGCCUAUGUAAAAUAAUACAAAGUAAUAUUUCAAACUUGUAUUGAUAUCUCAUUAGUACAUGUUGUCAAUAUUGCAUUAAGAUCUUUGAAAGUAAGACCAAGUUGUAAAUUGUAUGAGUUAAUAAUGAAUGCUUAAACAAUGAUGGAUUUGAUGCUCAAACAUAAGACGGCUGAAAGGCUUUAGUUUUGGGGAGAUUCUGCCUUAUAACAGAUGAGAGAACAUAGAUAUUAGUAUUUUAUACAAACGAUUUCAUUACUGUUUCUGCCAUCACAGGACCCGGCCUGUCAUGCUUACUUUAUCUCAACACAGUCGCCUUUAUUUCAUCUGUAGAAUGUAUGAUGGGAGUGCUGUGUAGCUAUACUAUAGGAUUGCGUGAAAUACUUAAAGCAACGUAUUUCUGUCAAUCAAGCGCAAACCAAUUCAUAUCUCUUCCGCUAUACCUUUUUGAUUCAUCAGAGUUGAAUGUUAAAAUGGUUGAAAUUGUGGCGUUCGGUUUCCAAUAAACUGUAAAAGAAAAUGGU